CUAUUGUCUUUCUCUACAAGCCAUUACAAUUUUAUUUCACUUGUCCAUUUCCCCCAAAUCUGCGUUAAAAGUGUGAAUUUGGAGAUGUUGGUUAGUAGAAUUUCAUCUCGUUUCCCAAGAGCCAUUGUAACUCAGUGCCGGAGCUCCCUGCUCCUCUGUUCCCGACAACAGCAACAGCAACAACACGUUCCUAUUCUUGCAUCUCAGUGCCAUGAAAAGGUUACUCUAUUCCAUGAAUCUGUCCUGCAACGAUUUGGAAUUUCAUCCUCUGCAUCCCCCCAACAUAAUGAAAAAGAGACAUCUCAGUCCCAAAGCAAACCAGGAAGCACAAAAGAGAAUGGGGAAAUGAAUGGAAAUUGUGAAGCUUCAGUUUCUGCUGAUUCUCAGGGUCAAGAUGAGAAUGAUGAAUCAGGUUCUGAUUUGGCAUCCAAUGACAACACAAAUGAAAAUAUCAAACAAAGGAGAAGACAUACUAAACAAGCUGUAUCUUCUGAUUCUGAUUCUGAUUCUGAUUUAGAUACGGAGGACCUUUCCAAGGAUGACUUGAUGAAACUAGUGGCUGAGAAGGAAGAACUCCUAAAGAUAAAAGAUGAUGAGUUUCAGAAAAUGAAGGAAAAAGUUCUUAGAUCUUAUGCAGAGAUGGAGAAUGUCAUGAACAGAGCCAAACGAGAAGCAGAAAAUUCCAAAAAGUUUGCCAUUCAAAAUUUUGUGAAAGCGCUUCUAGAUGUUGCUGAUAAUAUGGGUCGUGCUUCUUCUGUUGUAAAAGAGAGCUUCUCCAAAAUUGAUGAAUCUAAGGAUACUGUUGGAGCUGUGCCACUUCUGAAGACACUUCUGGAAGGUGUUGAAAUGACUGAUAAACAGCUUGCCGAGGUAUUCAAAAAGUUUGGUGUGGGAAAAUAUGAUCCUACAAAUGAAGAAUUUGAUCCAAAUAAGCAUAAUGCAGUGUUUCAAGUACCAGAUCCUAAAAAGGCUCCUGGCAUGGUCGCUGUCUGCCUCAAGUCGGGUUACAUCUUGCAUGAACGAAUCAUUCGGCCAGCUGAAGUUGGUGUGACGGUAGCUAUGGAGAGUACAAAGGCAGAUUGACGAACUGAAGCUUAAAUAGGUGGAUCAUGAGCCAAGAUUUUGGAGCUGAGAAAUCUUUAACUAGGUGGAACUGGAAGAAAAAUAUUUGCUCACGUUCGAAAAGGAAUUUAGUUCCAGAUCCUUCAAUGGAGCUGUCCGUCACAGAGUUGUUAUAGUUUUUUUCUACCAUUUAAAAUUUUUUGUUCUUCAGUGUUAAAUAAUCUCUGUUAAUAAUGACAUUUUUAUUGUGAGUAGGAAGGUUUUCUAUGCCGUCCUUUCUGUUCACUUGUCCAAAUUAGAAUGUUGCUAUGCUGUGCUGUAGGAACUCCAUAUGAAUACUGAGUCUUACCUUUAAUCUUCCAUUUGUUUGGGUAUUAUGCAAAA